GAUCUGAAAAAAUUUAGAGAAGAAAAACUUAACCUUUAACGAAAAAAAAAAAUAAAUAAUUAUUUACGAAAAUGGAAGAAGUUGAUAAAAUAAUAUUAGAUACUUUAAAAUUCUUAAAUUGUGACAUCGAUGAUGAUAUUAAAUCUCUUAAACAGUUUAAUGCUGAAACGACGGUAUCUGCAAUUUCCUCAUGUUUGGAGGUAAUUAUACAAAAUAACAAGUUUACAAAAAAAUUACCUCCUUCUAUGAGUGCAAGACUAAAAUUAGCGUCGUAUUUAGCGGAACAAAUAAAGGAUUUGGGAUUUUGCGGAGAAAUGGGAUACCAAACUAUUUUAUACUGUAAUGAAGACGAAGUAAGGAAAGUUUUGAUGUUUUUAUUAGAAAGGUUACCUAGAGAAAGUACUAAAAAUGUUCCCGAGCAAUUGGGUUAUGUACCUAGGAUAAUUAAAUCACUUGAAGAGAUUACUAAGAGAUCUUCACUGAAUAAAUGGGUGCCUGUUUAUUUUUUUAAACAAGGUGGUAUACAUGAUGGUUAUCCCUUAAAAUCAAUUUAUUUGGAUCUUCCCACAAAUAAACAGAAAGAUUCUACAGAAUACAGGAUACAUUAUAUACCUGAAUUGAUACAACAAUGUCCUUAUAAAAAAUUAAUUCCUUCCUUAUUAUUCCACGAUAAUGAAAUUUCUGAUAAAUUAGACUUGUCUAAAGUCAUGGAAAAAUCUGAAAAAAUAACUUUCGACCACAUAGAAACAACAUUCAAUAUUCCACAGUUAUCUUACAAGGAAUUAGUUGUUGAAACUAAUUUGGAAAAAACACAACUUGAACAAAGGACAGAAGUGCUUACGCAAGAAGUAGAAGAUCUUCGAAGUAAAUGCAUAGAAGCUCGGGAUGCUAUAGAAAAAAGAGAAUUAGAACUAUCCCAGCUGGUGAAUUCUAGAGAAGAGGAAGAUAAAAAAUUGAAAGAAAUUGUAGAAAAAAUAAAAUUAAAAACGAAAACAGCGACAGUUUUAGAUAAAAAAGAGAAUUUAACAAAAUUACGUAAUAUGAUUGAAAAUACAAACGAACGUUUACAAGAAUUGGCCAGACAAUGGAAUGAAAUGCGUGAAACUUUAGUAGAAGAACACAGAUCUUUAAUUACGAGUGUUUCAAAUAAGGAAUCAGUGUUUCUUGCUCAACAAGAUAAACUGAAAAACCUACAGGAAACAGAGACAAAGCUUAAGACUGAUAUUACACAAAAGAAAAAAUCUGGGGAAAAUUUAUUACAGCAGUAUCAGGAAUUAAAUCGAACUAUAAACAGAAAUAUGUACACCAAAAGAAUUUUGGAAAUUAUUGGAAACAUCAAUAAACAAAAUUUCGAUAUACAAAAAGUAUUGAAAGACACAAAAAGUAUACAGAAAGAAAUUAAAAAUCUCAGCGGUCAAGUCGAUAGAUCUUUCACUCUAGCCGAUGAACUUAUAUUUUACGAUGCCAAACAUGAUGAGAUUGCUCGACGGUCUUACAAAUUAUUAGUAGCCCUUCGAGAAGACUUUGGCAGCAUACUGAAAACAUCGGAAGAUUUAGGCGUUAUAGAAAGAGAAUGUCGAAAUUUGGAAGAACAAAUCGAAUUUGAAAAAUCCAAAGAGAUGGCCAACAAAUUAGAAAAAGUAUAUUCCGACCUCAAAGAGAUACAAAAAGAGAUACAGAACUUGAGGGAACAGUGAAAAAAAAUCAUUAUUAUUCUCAAUUGAAUAUAUAUUUAUACUUUGAAUUAUAUAUCCAAAGUUUUUUCUAUAUCACACUGUAUAUAAUACUACUACAUCAACAAAUACACGUUUCUAUAACCAAGUUAUCAUCUUCAGACACUCGUGUGUUUAUUUUGGAACAUACAGUGGGUGUCUUGAUUAAUGCCCCAUGGUGUAAUAUAAUAAUGGUUGUUCCUUGGGGCAUCAGUGGUUCUAUUGUUUCCGGAAUAAAAAUUUGUUUUAAUUUAUUUAAAAAAAAAUUAGUUUUAUACAAUAUCAACAUAGCUAAAGUUAUUUAUUGGACCACAAGUAGUAUCCAGGGUCAAUACACCAACUUUUGGAAUCCUGAAGUGAACGAAAACAGAGCUAGAGAUUAACCCGAACAAUGAUGGCAACAACGACCACCCGAAGUCAUCCAACAUUACCCCGAAAAGAGGGAUGAUGAUUGACUUUCUUAACCAACACAUUCGACAAGUAACAAAACUACUUGAAUUCUUUCAUAGGAAAUCAGAAACUUGAAUAGUGAUAAAAUAUUCAUUUGAAACGAAGUAUUAAACGUCAUCUGUUCAAUUUUGAACUAACGUUUGAUUAUAACUUUAAGUAUCGAUAUCUCGAAAACAAAGCGAGAUAUCAAAAAAUUUCAUUCUUCUUUUACGACUUAUUUUGGCCUAAUAUCCGCUGUUAAAUCGCGGCGCCACGGAUAUCGUACUCUCCCCUACGUACAAUUAGUAGUUUUGAUAAAUUUAUUUAUAAUUACACAACUAAUGAAAACAGUAUAAAAUUAUGAAAAAAAAUGCGUUACAUUCUCGUCAAUUAUUGCAAUACAUUAUUUCAUAUUAAGAAAUUUUGAAGUAUUCUAUUUUCUUUCGUAAAAAAAAAGAAAUUAAUUAAUAACUUACCUUUUCGUUACACCUUGUAUCGCGUGGUAUUAUAAUCAAUAGUAGAAAAAAAAGAAUAAAAUUUUAUAAUCUAUUACGAGGUUUUCACUGUUUUGAUAAGCAAAACAAACAACUUUACGUAAACUAAAAUGCAAAGAUUCGC